CAGGGGGAGGGUAGAGUGGGAGGCUAAACCUGGGCAUCUCUCGUUCCCUCCGCUUCAUUGUAAGAAACUCGGGGCUCCUGAUCCAUUCAGUCGCCCGCUACCCGUCCUUGUCCUCAGAGGCUCUCGCCAGGUUUCCCCGCGUCUCCAGCCUGACCCCAUCCGUGGGUUCCUCCCUCUCCUGUGCCUUGAACCUGACUCCAGUUUCGCAGACGCGGCUGCGGCAGAAGGUGCCAGCCAUGCCAGGACUCUGGGAUCGCUUCUCUUCCUCGUCUUCCUCGCGGCCGUCCACCCCGGACCAGCCGCAGCAGCGCUCGGCCUGGGGAACGGCAGCCCGAGGAGAGGGACUUGGCCGCUGCGCGAGUCUGGAAAGCUCCGACUGCGAGUCGUUGGACAGCAGCAACAGCGGCUACGGCCCCGAGGAGGAUUCCGGGUACAUGGAUGAGGUGUCUCUGCCCGAUUUCGACCUGCUCAGUGACCCAGAGGAUGAGCACCUCUGUUCGAAUCUGAUGCAGCUCCUCCAAGAAACCCUGGCCCAGGCCAAGCUGGGCACCAAGCGCCCAGCCCGCCUUCUGAUGCCCAGUCAGCUGGUGGCCCAGGUGGGCAAGGAGCUCAUGCGCCUGGCCUACAGCGAGCCCUGCGGCCUUCGGGGUGCCCUGCUGGAUGUCUGCGUGGAGCAAGGCAAGAGCUGCCACAGCGUGGAACAGCUGGCCGUCGACCCCAGCCUGGUGCCCACCUUCCAGCUGACCCUGGUGUUGAGAUUGGAUUCCCGACUCUGGCCCAAGAUCCAGGGACUCUUCAGCGCGGGGCCCUCCUCCUUCGCUCCGGGCUUCAGCCAAUCCCUUACCCUGAGCACCGGCUUUCGGGUCAUUAAAAAGAAACUGUACAGUUCAGAGCAGCUCCUCAUCGAAGAGUGUUGAGAUCCAGGCCUGGGCUCCUCCCGCCCCCUGCCCACGGGACACUUGCAAGGGGGAAUGGCCACUUCUGAGGACGGAAGCUGGCCAGCGGGGAGGGCAAGGGGCUUGCUUUGUGGAAAACGACUGGGCCACCACUGAGGGAGGUUGGAGGGGAGGCGAGGCCCACCUUCUGGGGGAAGCUCACCCAGAGUCCCCGCGUGCUGUGGGCAGGUGGCUGAUUGGGAAGGUAGAGCUGGCUUCUUCAGAGGUGUGAACCUCCCCCUGGGGGGAGGGGAGGGGGGAGUAUGGGAUCUGCAGAUGCCCCAAGGGGCCAGCCACAUUCUCCAAACUGAUAUGUAGCAUGAAUUUCCUUAUUUUAUUGUUAUUAUUGUUAUUAUUACUGACAGUGAAGAUGACAAGUAAUGGGUGUUGACGUUGUGGAGGCCAGAACUGAGCAGCUGGGCUGUGUGGGUCCUGGCCUGUUUGCAAAGGGGUUCGGGUAUGUGUGCUUGUGUUUAACAGGGAGGGUUGGGGUUGGGGAGUUAAUAGAGGAUCGUUCUGUCAUUUUUGUCCUGUGUGACUUAAAACCAGGGUCUGAAGGGGCCAAGUGUGUGUGUUUUUGGUUCAGCUUCACUACUACUGACCUGUUUUUAGGCAGCUAUCUUACAGACUCGAGAAUGUAAGAACACAGGAAGAGUUUGGGUGUUGGGGUCUCUAGAGAUCUUUUGACACUUGAAGAGGGGGAAAAUGACUGCUGGGAGCUGCAGCCAGCCUUCUCUGCCCCUGACAAGGGAGUUGGGAAGUGCUAGGGCCAAGCAGUGGGGUUGGGGGCUGGAACCCCCUUCCCAAAGUAGUGCCAUAUGGGGCUUCCAUCUAGAACCGUUUACGGGAAUACACUUGAUGUUCAAGUAUUAAGACCUAUGCAAUAUUUUUUACUUUUCUAAUAAAAACAAGUUUGUUACA